ACCAGCGUUUCCGCUACCAUAGUAACGACAUGAGCACCUUGUAAGCCCAUCGCUUGGCUCGCAGUCCCUCUCUCCAAACUUUUGAGCGGAGGAAGCCGAAGAAGAAGAAGAGGAGGAAGGAACGAUGGAGGUGUUCUACUACGUGGUGUUCGGCGGGCUCGCCGCAGUGGCGGCGGUGAUGGAGCUGAGCAAGACGAGCAAGGACCGGAUCGCCACCUCCUCCGCAUUCAAUGCCUUCAAGAACAACUACUGCCUCGUCUAUUCCCUCAUGAUGGCCGGUGAUUGGAUGCAGGGUCCUUACGUCUACUAUCUCUACAGUCAGUAUGGCUUCGACAAGGGAGACAUCGGGCAGCUCUUCAUUGCAGGAUUUGGAUCUUCUAUGCUGUUCGGGACGAUCGUUGGAUCUUUGGCUGACAAACGCGGUCGGAAGAGGGCCUGCAUCACCUACUGCAUAACCUACAUUCUAAGCUGCAUCACGAAGCAUUCUCCACAAUACAAAGUUUUGCUGUUGGGUCGAAUACUGGGAGGGAUUGCUACGUCGCUGCUCUUCUCGGCUUUCGAGUCAUGGCUUGUUGCAGAGCAUAACAAGAGAGGUUUUGAUCCACAGUGGUUGUCAGUGACUUUCUCAAAGGCUAUAUUUCUUGGCAAUGGUCUUAUCGCCAUUGUUUCUGGACUUUUUGCCAAUUUAUUGGCUGAUAACUUAGGAUUUGGUCCCGUGGCUCCAUUUGAUGCUGCUGCAUGCUUACUUGGCAUAGGCAUGGCCAUCAUCUUGUCAUCAUGGGGUGAAAACUAUGGAGACCCUUCUAAUAGCAAGGACUUGAUUACACAGUUCAAGGGUGCUGCUGUGGCCAUCGCUGCUGAUGAGAUAAUUGCUUUGCUGGGUGCAAUACAAUCACUUUUUGAAGGUUCUAUGUACACCUUUGUGUUCUUGUGGACUCCUGCUUUGAGCCCAAAUGAUCAGGAUAUACCUCAUGGCUUUAUUUUUGCCACGCUCAUGUUGUCUUCAAUGUUGGGAAGCUCCAUAGCAUCUAGGCUAAUGGCCCGUUCCACUCUUAGAGUCGAAUUUUAUAUGCAGAUUGUCUUUGCAGUCUCUGCCUUCACUCUACUGCUUCCCCUCAUCUCUAACUUCUUUGUAGCUCCUUCUACCGUGAAAGGUGGCAGCAUAUCUUUUAGUGGUUGUGUCCAACUCCUUGGUUUCUGUGUCUUUGAGGCCUGUAUUGGCAUAUUUUGGCCAUCAAUGAUGAAGAUGAGAUCCCAAUACAUUCCUGAGGAGUCCAGGAGCACAAUUAUGAACUUCUUUCGCAUCCCCCUCAACAUUUUUGUGUGUAUCAUACUCUAUAACGUAAAUGCUUUCCCAAUCAGUAUCAUGUUUGGAAUGUGCUCUAUUUUCCUUUUCAUGGCCUCGGUCUUGCAAAGGCGGCUCAUGGUGGUUGCUGAGACCCACAAAUCAAAGCCACAUGAUUGGACAACUCUGAAGGAGAAGGAUAGUGAAUCAGACAUGCUGAGUAUCCAGAUCUAGAUGAGCAUUCAACCGAAGGUAAUACCUUUGAAAGAUACCUGAAACCAACUGAACUUCUCUCAUCAAACCAAAGAAAAAAAAAGAAGCAAAGAACUUGAUGGCAUUGGACAGAUACUUGGGAGGUAUCCGCACAAUAGAGGAAAUGCUGUCUUUGGUUCUCUACUUGCAGUAACAUAGCUUAGAUGUAUAGGGCUAUUCACGCUAAGUAAAGCUGACCUAAUGGGGUCAUUCAUUUGUCACUCAUUCUAUCUCCUAAUUGUAAUGUGGUGGAGACAUUUUGGGAUGCUUCA